CAGAGGAGGUUCGGGGCUGGUAGAUCACAUUAUCCAGAAUCUCAAAGUCCGCCUCUCUGAUGUGCGGUCUUUUUCUUCAUACCUGCAAUGGAUGUUACGCCUGGAUUUGCAUUCUUUAUUAUUUUAUUGCAUUUAAUUCACGCGAAUGGACUUUAUAUCUCCAAUGGCAUAGAGUCUCUGCAGCAUGUCCUGAGGGAGUAUGGCGUUGUUAAGCCUGUGAACACUGAUUCAGAGGGCCGGUUCCUCUCAGGUGCUGUCUCUGCACCUCAACUGGACAGCCAGCACCAGCAGGCCCACAGACGCUGGAGAAGAGAGGCUGCAGCCGCCUCAGACUCCAGCCAUGGAGACCUGGAGGAGGGAGAGGGUACAGCCAGGCACAGGGAGACACUCUUCUACAACGUCACUGUGUUCGGCCAGGAGCUCCACCUGCGCCUGCACCUCAACUCCAGGCUGGUGGCCCCCGGAGCUAAGGUGGAGUGGCACGAGGAGGGCAGCCAGACCACCUAUGAGCCUCUACGGGACAGCGACUGCUUUUAUGUAGGAGAGGUCACCAACGUCAGGGGCACAUCCGUCGCUAUCAGCAACUGUGAUGGCCUGGCAGGAAUGAUCCAUACGGGGAAGGAGGAGUUCUUCAUCGAGCCCCUGGUGCGUGGAGGGGGUCUGAUGGUAGAGGAGGAGGAGAGCGGAGAAGGACGACAUCACAUUGUUUAUCGCUCCUCUGCCAUUAAGAGGCCCCCUAUCAAUCAAACAGCAGACUCUCACCCCCGAGGGUCAGUUAUAGGUGAUCUGAUGGACCUGCAGGCUCUGUCCAGAGGAGUGCAGCAGCAGCAUCACAACCUGAUCUGGAACAGGACCAGGCAGGCUCGGGCCCGACGCCAGGCCAACGAGGAACACGAGCUGUUCAACAUUGAGGUCCUACUCGGGGUGGACUCCUCUGUGGUCCAAUUCCAUGGCAGAGAGCACAUCCAGAAGUACCUCCUCACCCUCAUGAACAUAGUGAAUGAGAUUUACCAGGAUCGUACCCUGGGUGCUCACAUCAACGUGGUUCUGGUCCGUAUCAUCAUGCUGUGUCCUGCCAAGUCUAUGAGUCUGAUAGAGCUGGGCAACCCGUCUCAGAGUCUAGAGAACAUAUGUCGCUGGGCCUUCCUGCAGCAGAAGGAAGACAGGAGUGAUCCGGAGUACCAUGACCAUGCCAUCUUCCUCACCCGACAGGAGUUUGGUCCCUCCGGCAUGCAAGGUUACGCUCCUGUAACGGGCAUGUGCCACCCAGUGCGGAGCUGCACUCUCAACCACGAGGAUGGCUUCUCCUCUGCCUUCGUCGUGGCACAUGAGACUGGACACGUGCUGGGUAUGGAGCAUGAUGGCCCCCCUGGUAAUGAGUGUGGUGACGAGGUGCCCAUGGGCAGCAUCAUGGCCCCUCUGGUGCAGGCUGCCUUCCAUCGCUUCCACUGGUCCCGAUGUAGCCAGGCGGAGCUCAGCAAGUACCUGAACUCCUAUGACUGUCUCCGUGACGACCCCUUUGACCAUGACUGGCCGGCGUUGCCACAGUUACCAGGGAUCCACUACUCCAUGGACGAGCAGUGUCGAUUUGACUUUGGCGCCGGCUACACCAUGUGCACGGCGUACAGCACCUAUGACCCCUGCAAACAGCUCUGGUGCAGUCACCCAGACAACCCAUUCUUCUGCAAAACCAAGAAGGGUCCGCCCAUCGACGGCACUAAGUGUUCACCGGGGAAGCACUGCUUCAAAGGUUACUGCAUCAAGUUGACCCCAGACAUUCUAAGGCAGGAUGGUGGUUGGGGCACGUGGAGUAACUUUGGCUCCUGCUCCCGUACCUGUGGGGGUGGUGUGCGCUUCCGGACCCGUCAGUGUGACAACCCAAUCCCUGCCAAUGGAGGACGCACCUGCUAUGGCAACAGCUAUGAAUUCCAGCUGUGCAACCUAGAGGAGUGCUCCGAGCCUUUCGCUGACUUCAGGGAGGAGCAGUGCAAGAUGUGGGACCCCUACUUUGAGUAUGACAACACCAAGCACCACUGGCUGCCCUAUGAGCAUCCUGAUCCUGAUGAGAGAUGCCAACUCUACUGCAAGUCUAAGGAGACAGGAGACGUGGUGGCCAUGAACAGGAUGGUGCACGAUGGCACACGCUGCUCCUACAAAGACCCUUACAGUAUAUGUGUGCGGGGGGACUGUGAGCACAUUGGCUGUGAUAACCAGAUAGCCUCAGACACGCAGGAGGACAAAUGUGGGAUAUGCGGUGGAGACAACUCCAGCUGUAAGAUCAUCAAGGGAAACUUCACUAGAAGCGUUAAAAAACAAGGUUUCCUCAAGAUACUUGAAAUCCCCCGAGGGGCCAGGCAUCUGUUGAUCCAGGAGUUCAAGGGGACCCCUCACAUCCUAGCGGUGAAGAACCAGGCCACAGGUCAUCUGUUUCUGAAUAACGAGGAUGAGUUCCCAGAGUCCCGUAUGGUGAUAGAGAAGGGGGUGGAGUGGGAGUACUACAACGAUGACGACACGGAGACCGUCCAGACCACAGGACCUCUGGGAUACGCUGUUCUGGUCAUGAUCCGUUCCCACGGUGACGCCAAAGUGACCCUCUCCUACAAAUACAUUCUGCACGAGAAGCUGCAGUCAUCCAUAGAGAACAAUCUGGUGCAGGAGGACACAGCCUACUUUGAAUGGGCUCUGAAGAAAUGGUCUCAGUGCUCUAAACCCUGUGGAGGAGGUAAGCAGUACACACGGUUUGGCUGCAGGAGAAAGUCCGAUGGGAAGAUGGUCCACCGCACCUACUGUGUGAACAUCGACAAUCUCAGAGCUAUCAGCAGGGAUUGUAACCAGAAAGAGUGCUCCCAGCCAGUUUGGAUCACUGGGGACUGGGAGGAGUGCAGUUCAUCCUGUGGGAAGACUGGCUACCAGAGCCGCUCUGUACGCUGUCAGCAGCCCCUCUCUGGCGGUGGCCAACGUUCCAUCCACAGCAAGUACUGUAAUGAUGACAGGCCAGAGGGACGACGACCCUGCAAUCGCCAGCUCUGCCCUGCCCAGUGGAGAGUAGGACCCUGGUCCCAGUGUUCGGUGACGUGUGGCAAUGGGACCCAGGAGCGCCAGGUUCUGUGUAGCACUCCUGAUAACUCAGUUGGACUCUGCAUGGAGACCAAACCCAUCACACUCAGGACCUGCCAGCUAGUCCCCUGCACAGGUGACGGAAAAAACGUUUUGAUCCAGUGGCUGUCACGGUCCAACCCAGAAUUUCCUGGACCCAAGAUCUCCUCAAGGCAGUGUAAGGGGGAUAGGUCAGCGUUCUGUCGUAUGGAGGUGCUGAGCAGGUACUGCACCAACCCAGGGUACAGACAGAUGUGCUGCAAGUCCUGCACUGAGGGGAACUUCACCACUAUGGGCCAAAACAUCACCACUGGGCCCUGGAGGUACACCACACUACCCACCACCAUCAAUGGCACCUAUUCAACAAACCCCACAACAACCCUCAGACCCAAACCCACCGCUGGGAUAUAUAGCACUGACUUUGCUUAUGUCGAGCAUGAUGAUUAUGGGGAGUAUACAACCAAAACCGACGAACACAACACAACUAAAACAUAUAGGCCUACCACCACCCCUGGAUUAACCACUAGACAGCCCAGAAGAAUAACCACCUAUCCGGUUACUGCCAGAAGUACUACAUCUCCAACCACCACCACUGAGGAGACUACGGUUCCCAGAACCUCCAUCAUCACCGUCACUACCGCUGAACCCACCACAAUCCCCACCAGUCAGGACCCAUCAACUCUCAGAACUACAAAUGUCCCCAAGUCCACCACAGCUUGGGUUGAUGUUAUUGAGAGGGAGUCCUGGACAACCCUGGCUCCAUCCACUUCCAGACCUAAAGGAGACAAGAGACGGAAAACCAUUCCAACACAGCGUAGGGUCAUUGUGACACUCAUGCCCUCCACCAUAGCCCCCCACCGGACAGAGGACAAGAGAGAAAACAACUCGGUGGACGUGCCGUAUAGGAUCGUUGGUGUAGACAAUGAGGUCUUUCAAAACCACUUUGUUCCUAGAAUACGGCCUCCAUACCGAGAAACGACACGAAACAAAAGGAUACAAGAACUCCUAGCAGAGAAAAGGAGGCAAGACUUACUUCUCAGACGAGCAAAAAGAAAACCAGGACCUUGAUAGUCAGUCAUUCAAGUCAUCUUUGUUAGUGCUCUAUAUGGAGAUAUUCCUAUUGAACACCUGCAUAACAAUUUUGCUUUAUUGAAACCAGAGUGAAACCACUCAUUCCAGCUCAGACUGUCAGUCAUGUAGAAAUUAAAACUUGCGGCUUGAAGAUUAGAAUUUGGGCUGCUUUGUUUUUUUUAUCCAAUGAGGAAAGGGGACAGCAAUGGACAAAACAGACAAAAUAUUCAGAAAUGAAUAUACUAACACUACAAUUACUAUUCUGUAAAUAUAUUAUUUUGAGCGAUAAUUGCACAUUUGUACUUGCUACUUGGCAAUGAAGAGAUUUGAUUGUCUUUUAUGCUUUGAUGUUAUUACAUUGUACUUUUGUUAAUAUUGUGAACAGUUUACAAUUUGGACCUUUGUAGCUCAGUUAGUAGAGCAUGGUGCUUGCAACAUCAGGGUAGUGGGUUUGAGUCCCAGGACCACCUGUACGUAAAGAAUGUAUACAUACAUAUACAGUAUAUAUAGGGGAGAGGGGAGUAUGUUGAGGCAUUUUUUACAUUCAGUAUCAAGGGAAAUAUACUGUAGUAUUCUUUCUAACAAAGAUAUCUACAUAUAUUUAUUUGUUGUUGUUUAUCCCUGGACAUAAUCAGAAUUAAUGUAAACAUAAUAGUUCUGAAAACAUAACAUUAGUGGUACUGUAUCUUGGCACAACUUACGCCAGGAAUGGGAUAAGUUGAGCAUAGAGACAGGGUAAGGAGAACAUAGGGACAGGGUAAGGAGAGCAUAGGGACAGGGUUAGGAGAGCAUAGGGACAGGGUAAGGAGAGCAUAGAGACAGGGUAAGGAGAGCAUAGGGACAGGGUAAGGAGAACAUAGGGACAGGGUAAGGAGAGCAUAGAGACAGGGUAAGGAGAACAUAGGGACAGGGUAAGGAGAGCAUAGAGACAGGGUAAGGAGAGCAUAGAGACAGGGUAAGGAGAACAUAGGGACAGGGUAAGGAGAGCAUAGAGACAGGGUAAGGAGAGCAUAGGGUCAGGGUAAGGAGAGCAUAGAGACAGGGUAAGGAGAGCAUAGGGACAGGGUAAGGAGAGCAUAGGGACAGGGUAAGGAGAGCAUAGAGACAGGGUAAGGAGAGCAUAGGGACAGGGUAAGGAGAGCAUAGGGACAGGGUAAGGAGAGCAUAGGGACAGGGUAAGGAGAGCAUAGGGACAGGGUAAGGAGAGCAUAGAGACAGGGUAAGGAGAGCAUAGAGACAGGGUAAGGAGAGCAUAGAGACAGGGUAAGGAGAGCAUAGGGACAGGGUAGGGAGAGCAUAGGGACAGGGUAAGGAGAACAUAGGGACAGGGUAAGGAGAACAUAGGGACAGGGUAAGGAGAACAUCGGGACAGGGUAAGGAGAACAUAGGGACAGGGUAAGGAGAGCAUAGGGACAGGGUAAGGAGAGCAUAGGGACAGGGUAAGGAGAGCAUAGAGACAGGGUAAGGAGAGCAUAGGGACAGGGUAAGGAGAACAUAGGGACAGGGUAAGGAGAGCAUAGAGACAGGGUAAGGAGAACAUAGGGACAGGGUAAGGAGAGCAUAGAGACAGGGUAAGGAGAGCAUAGAGACAGGGUAAGGAGAACAUAGGGACAGGGUAAGGAGAGCAUAGAGACAGGGUAAGGAGAGCAUAGGGACAGGGUAAGGAGAGCAUAGAGACAGGGUAAGGAGAGCAUAGGGACAGGGUAAGGAGAGCAUAGGGACAGGGUAAGGAGAGCAUAGGGACAGGGUAAGGAGAGCAUAGGGACAGGGUAAGGAGAGCAUAGGGACAGGGUAAGGAGAGCAUAGAGACAGGGUAAGGAGAGCAUAGAGACAGGGUAAGGAGAGCAUAGAGACAGGGUAAGGAGAGCAUAGGGACAGGGUAAGGAGAGCAUAGGGACAGGGUAAGGAGAACAUAGGGACAGGGUAAGGAGAACAUAGGGACAGGGUAAGGAGAGCAUAGGGACAGGGUAAGGAGAGCAUAGGGACAGGGUAAGGAGAGCAUAGGGACAGGGUAAGGAGAGCAUAGGGACAGGGUAAGGAGAGCAUAGGGACAGGGUGGGUUGAGCCACCUUGGGGUAAGUGGGUGAUGGUGUCCUGUGACAGUGGGGGCUGGUGCAUGUUCUCAGAGCGUAAUAUGUUAAUGUUCUAGACACAUUUCAUGGGAAUGUUGCAAGAACAUUCAUGUGUCCAGGUUCCUAAGGGUUAGGAGAAUGUUCCGCCCCACCAAACAUACUGUACACAGAAGAUGGUUGCCAUGUUCUCAGAACAUAAGAUAUGAAUGUUCUAGUAACAUUUCAUGGGAACAUUGUUUUUGCCAUGUGUCAACAACAAAAAAUCCAUUACACAUCUUGUGCUGAGCCAAUCAAGGCCCUGAUCAGUGAACCACUGAUAGCUCUUUGUCUGUUGGCAAAGUUGGGUAUACUCCCGCACACAGGGAUUAAUUGAAUUUGCAAAGUGUAAUCAUGUGUGUCAAAUAUGUAAAUUGUAAGCACUAACUCUUAUUCAACAUGUCCUCACCUGGGAUUUGAACUCACAACCUCUUGGGUCCACGGUACUCCAAUCUUCCUGCCCUCAAUAGUAAGAUUAAUGGAUAUUGGGCACGGACAUGGUGGCCAUGUCCGUGUCAGAUAUCCAUUAAUCUGAAGAUUGUGUCAUCAUUGAUUUGAUUUACUUAUUUCAGCAAUUUAAGGGCUUUGUGUAUAGGUGUCUAAUGUUGGUGGGGCAUAUUAAUCUGUUUUACUGAUAUUCCUGAAUCACUAUCAUCAAUAAAAUACUUUUAACAGA